AUGGAUCCGUAUGGCUAUGCGUAUAGCCAGAGCGAGCCCUAUUUCCCACAGCAAUAUGAUACGCAAACUCGCCACGCAUAUCCGUUCCCAGGAAGCUCAGGACCCGACAACGUCGGCAUUGGACUGCAGCAUAGCCAGAAAGAUUAUACACAAAGUGGUUUUCAGAACGGCCACAGUCUCAUACCAGGUCUUGGGAUGAGUCUAUCAAAUGGCGCCUCUGAAAUAGAUCGUGGACCUCUGCCUACCUCCUAUGUCCAGGCCACUGAGCCAGGCCCCAUGACUGCAAACGCGCAACUCUCUAACAAACAGAACGCUUCUCUUGACACUGAAGAAGCUAGGCAAUCUACCACCCAGAAUGGGCCAACGAACGAGGCAAUGGAGGAGGGUGAGGUAAGCGAAGGGGAGCUUGAAGAUAUAUACGACCCGGAGGCGCUCGAUGAGAAUACGCAUGAGGCCCCAAAAUCUUCCAACUUGACACCCCAUACCGUAGAGACGAGACAGCAAGGGUUUCCCAAGGACAGUGAAGGUGUGCUCUCCAGCCAUUUCCGCCCAGACAUACAAGUGUCUGUGACUGAGUUUGAUACAGGAUUGGAGCGCUCUGGCUCAUACUCUCCUUACCUGUCCCCGCGAGAAAUUACUUCCACACGGCCGGCUAGUCCCCAGGGUCAGCAGGCAAACCAAGCCGAUCUCAAAACUCCCACCGCAUCAUUCUCCUCCGACUCAGAAGCUACCUCCAACCGGGCUGAAACCGCCUGGGAAGAGGCGCGAAAACACGCCCAGGACACAAUCUUGCGGCUUUGGCCGCUUAAAAUCCGAUAUCAAGAUUAUCUCAACGAAGGGUUGGACGAAGCAACGCUGCGCAGCUUAUUCACCGACCUAGGCCUUGAUAUGAAAAUAUCGCCGGAAAAAGAGUCGCAUACUGCGAAUGUUCAAGCCAUGGAUUCCGGUCUUCCUACAGUCACUAACCUUGAGGAUUCAAGCCAAGCACAACCAAAAGCUCCAAUGGCUAACCCUCCCAAGGAACCGAAACGGAGCCGUGGCGAGGAGCGCAAGGACAGGAUCGCACGCCUUCUGGCCGCAAAGCAGGCCAGUGGCCCCCAGCCUUCUGAAAAGCCCGGUGUCACGCCGACCGCAAAACAGGCUGAAAAGCCUCCAUCAUCUGUAACGCCAGCUAAAACCCAGGCUCAAAUAGCCGAGAAGUCCAAACUGGUGCAGCAAAAGAUGGAAGCCUUACGAAAGGCUCGAGAGGCACAAGCCCAAGCCCAAGCUGCUAGCCGCCAGCAGGCUGCGGAGGUCACUCAGCCGAACCUCACACAGAACUCAUCCGCCACGCAGCCCCCUCCGGUAGAAAUCGUCACGUCAAAUCAUCACCCAGUACAGGACAGCAACACCAACACGCCCUCUUCGAUACCCGGGCUCUUUCUCCCUACCGGUCAGACCACUCCCUCCAGUUCACAGCAAAAACGUCCCAUGGCCUCGGAGCUGAAUGACCUCUCUGACCCCACGACCAAACGACCGUUUGGUCAACCCCGGCAAUCACAGCGAUUCCUGAUAGAUGUUAGCGACGAUGAGGAUGACGCCGCCAUGGACAUCGACUCACCUGAACUCGACUCAUCAUCCGUUCAUCGCUCCAACUCACCUUUCAAGGUUCCCUCAUUUCCAAUGCUUCCAAGCAGUUCCACACCUCUGGAGAAUAUAAAUACAGGCUUGGCACAAACCCCCCCUAGAAAUACGCGAUCAGCCAUGGGCGGUGGUAAUUUGGAGUCGAUGAACAAGGAAAUUGAGCUCAUGAAGCGACGGAUUGCUGAAGCUGAAGCACGGAGGCGGGCAAAACUUUCAAGGACAGGGUCGGCGCAUGGCCAGAACGGCCAUGAUGACAUGAAUACCGAAUCUAGUGAGCAUACCUCUAAAUCAGGCCCUGUUUCGUCUGUGGAUGGAAGCGAACUCGCAAGGGAAGAGUCUCCUCCAGCUGGGCCGUUAGAAAUUGUUUCUCAGAGGCUGCCGAAAGCCUCAGAUUUAAACCAAACUGAGCGGCGCAUCGCCCUCCGCCAGCGAUCUCGUGUGGCUAGCGAGCGAUUGCCUCUUGUUGAAGCUCAUCGCCAGGAACAGCUCAGAAAGCUUGAGGCUCUACGUUCCCAGAUGGAAGACAUUCAGAAAGAUAUUGAGGCAAGCUUAGAAGAGGAAAAACAACUGCGCGAUGAGGUGACAUUCUGCACAGAGAUUCAGAAUGACCCCAAAGACACCCCGGGUCCUGUGCCAGCAGUGAAAGAACCGGCUGUUGUUGAAGCGUUGGAUACACCUUCUCAUGAUUCAGCAUCAGGCCCUCAGCCUGAAAGCCAGGUUAUGGCUGUGGAAACCGAACAGCACACCCCUGCCGACGUUACGCAAGGUGGCACUCCUGACAAUUUUGUUGAUCACGCAUCACUUGACGAUGAGAAUAAUACUGAGAUGCCUGACAUUGAGAGUCAGGAAGACACGGACGAUAACUCUGAUGAUCGAAUGGACGAAGACACCACUUCUAGUGAAGCCGAGUUUCAGCCUGAAGUACAAGACCAAGGAUUGGAGGCAGAAACCUCAACAGAACAGGAAGCUCUGGUUAAUGGGCAACCCCACGGUCCAGAUGCUUGUGAACCUGAGGAUUUGGAACUGCAAACCUUGAUGCAAGAGUCUGACAAAUCACCUUCUUUCAGCCCUGAGCCUGCUGAAAACUCCUCUGGUGAGACGAGUGAUAACGAACAACAGGCCAAUUUGCCUACCUCUCUCACCAAGUCGAUUUCGACAGGGCAGGUAGAAUCAACUGCAGCAUCUCCAAGAGAAGAAAACCGCCAAGAAAAACUUGAAUUAAGACCCGGCUCUAGCUUUGUCCCCUACGAUUCGUCUCUGAGACCUUUCCGUGCGUAUCGGUUUCAUCCUCGAUUCAACAACUCAGUCCCAGGCGGUUUCCGUUCCUUGACGUAUAGCAAUAAUAUUGAUGUCAAUCUGGAAGUAUGCCCAGACCAGCUGGCUGGCCAAGCUUGUUCCAGAGGCAACCUGUGUCCAUAUCAACACUUCGAAGCUAUGCAGCUUGCUGAUGAUCAAAUUCUCCUACAGCUGGGAUCUCACAGUAGUUUUGAGGGGGAGCAAAAAGCUCAGUUCAUCAAUGGACUUCGUCGACUGCUCACUGACUACCGCGAACGCAAGAUUAAGGAUUUCCAGACGAUCAGCAACGGCAUUGUCGACUAUAGGGCCAACUUUUCUGGCGACAAGAGCAAAAUCCUCCCCUUGGGAAAUGUCAGCCUCUAA